AUGAUAUCAAUUAUUGAUUCAUUGUCAAUUUUUGAUAAUCCAAAUAUUAAUUGGAAAUUAGUUAUAGUUGGUUUUACAAUAGGUCAAUAUUUAUUUGAAUCAUAUUUAGAUUAUAGACAAUAUAAAGUAUUAAAUAAUAAAUCACCACCACCAUCAAUAAAAGCAGAAGUUAAUCAAGAAACUUUUGAUAAAUCUCAAAAAUAUUCAAGAUCAAAAGCUAAAUUUUCAUUUUUUAAUUCAACUUUUGAUUUAUUUCAAAAUUUAGCAGUUAUUAAAUAUGAUUUAUUACCUAAAUUAUGGAAUUGGAGUGGAGUAGCUAUGUCAUCUGUUUCUUGGAUAUUACCUAAGUUUAUGGGUGGUGUUAUCACUCAAUCUAUUAUUUUUAUUUUUUCAUCUCAAAUUUUGAGUACAAUUGUUAGUUUACCAAUAAGUUAUUAUAGUCAUUUUGUAUUGGAAGAAAAAUAUGGAUUUAAUAAACAAACUAUUGGAUUGUGGCUUACUGAUAAAGUAAAAGGACUUGGUCUUUCAAUUGUAUUAGGGUCACCUGUUAUAGCUGGUGUUUUAAAAAUUAUUGAUUAUUAUGGUGAUUCAUUUAUUUUCUAUUUAAUGGGGUUCAUAUUAGUUAUAAAUUUAAUUGCAAUGACUAUUAUACCAACUUUAAUUAUGCCACUUUUUAACAAAUUUACACCAUUAGAAGAAGGCGAGUUAAAAACAGCUAUAGAAAAUUUAGCAUCGAAACAAAAAUUCCCAUUAACUAAAUUACAAGUUAUUGAUGGAUCAAAACGUUCAUCACAUUCAAAUGCUUAUUUUACUGGAUUACCAUGGAGUAAACAAAUUGUUUUAUUUGAUACAUUAAUUGAACAUAAUUCAACUGAUGAGACUGUUGCUGUAUUAGCUCAUGAAAUUGGUCAUUGGAGAUUAAAUCAUAUUCCAAGAAUGUUAAUUAUGGGACAACUUCAUUUAUUUAUAAUUUUCACAUUAUUUUCAGCAUUUGUACAUAACAAGUCAUUAUAUAAUUCAUUUGGUUUUUAUAAUCAACAACCAAUCUUGAUUGGAUUUACAUUAUUUGGAGACAUUUUAAAACCAUUAGAAUGUAUAUUAAAUUUCACUCAAAAUUUAAUGUCAAGAAAACAUGAAUAUGAUGCAGAUAAAUAUGCUUUUGAUUGUGGAUACGCCGAAGAAUUAGCAAGAUCACUUAUAAAAUUAUCAAAUGAAAACUUAUCUAGUAUGAAUGCUGAUUGGUUAUACUCUGCUUAUCACCACAGUCAUCCUAUUUUACCUGAAAGAUUAAGUGCUCUAGGUUAUGUUUCAAAGGAAAAAAUUAGUAAAGAUGAACCAAAAAAGGAAGAUGUUGUUGUUGAAGAAAAAUUAGAAAAACAAGAAUAA